AUUACCAACCCCAGCAUUCUGUGGAGCCCGUGCUCCCUUACAGACAGACGACCCUAACAGUCGAGUGGUUUGUAAUAAUUAAUCAUCGAAUACGGCAUUCAAGAAAGGCUCUGGUGCUUUAUGAUGGACUCAGUUGUCAAGAUUCUCAACCUACUACUGACCAGCCGCAACAAAGGCUACUACUAACAAGCUGCCACAAAGGCCACCAAAGCUCUCACCAAGUCGUUGCGGAGGCUCCGAACAUGGCGUCAAGCCUUCAUAAACCCUUUGUCAACUACCUUCGCUCCUACUACUACGCUGCCUUAUCGGCUACGGCGACCUUCACAAGAAUCUACUGCAUCUAUGACCCAGCGAACAAGAAGAUCAUCAGGGCCUCGGCAGUCAGGUUCAACGAAGAAGACACACCUUCUACUUCUGAAGGCGAGGCGGCUGAGUUUGAGGUCGUAUUUGAAGAAGCAACGGUUAUAGAGAUUGAACAAGCAGCCGAAACCACAAAGCCUUACGCCCCGGCACACCACGCCAAACACACACACGUUGAAGACUCUGAAUCACGUCACGGCGCGGCGACCCUGCCCUCUCCGCAAGGUACGCCAGAGCCUCUCGACACGCGCACCCCGCUUGAGCAUAUCGGCACCGUGCCUCUCGACACGCGUACCCUGCUUGAGCACAUUGGCACCGUGCCUCUCGUGCCUACACGCUCGCUACAAAUGCCUAUAACGUCACCACCCAUGCUGAGAAUGCCUGCACAAACCGUCACAACUGAGUACGCCUUAGCACCUGCCCCGCCACCUGCCCUCGCUCCGACAGCUAGGACUCGCUGUAUUGACAUACGCUACAAAUGGGUCAUCAACAGGGUGAAGAAAGGCCUGAUAAAGGUUGUACAAAUCUCCGGCGACAAAAUGGCAGCAGAUGGCCUCACAAAGCCCAUCUACACCGAGAAACACACAAUUUGUCAAAAUGCUCAGAAUGGAGGCAAAGAAAGUGCCCUGACCAUCACCAUCUAA